AUGGGAGAGGCCGACGACGGUAACAGAGGUUAUGAGUUGGGUUUAGCCGGAUAUUACCGAAGAUUCAUUAAAAGAUUUUCUCAAAUCGCAUUACCAAUGACUAAGUUAACCUGGAAGGAGGUACCGUUUGUGUGGACGGUAGAGUAUGAAGAGAGCUUUCAAGCUUUGAAGGAGAAAUUAACUUCAGCACCUAUUUUGAUUUUGCCAGAACCGCACGAACCGUUUGAAGUGCACUGUGAUGCUUCGUUGAAAGGUUUGGGUUGUGUGUUAUUGCAACACCGGAACGUAGUGGCUUAUGCAUCGCGUCAGCUAAGACCUCAUGAGAUGAAUUACCCAACUCAUGACUUGGAAUUAGCGGCGAUUGUAUUUGCGUUGAAAGUUUGGAGGCACUACUUGUACGGAGUGGGGUUUCGGAGUGGGGUAAACAUUGUGGUGGAUGCAAUGAGUCAAAAGUUGUUGAUGAUAGCUUGGAUGAGGAUUAAAGAGGAGGAGUUAGUGGACAAGUUUGCAUACCUCAAGUUGGAUAUUGGUGAAGUUGUCGGGAUAGCUUGUUUGAAUCAGUUACAAAUUUCUAGUACGUUUAAGUCAGAAAUUCAGAGGUCUCAGCAAAUGAACAAGAACUUCAGAGAUUGUUCCAACCAAUUGGUAAGGAGAGGCAUGGAUAGUUUACUAAUUAAGGACAAUGAAGGGUUAUGGAGGCAUAAGGAGAGGAUUUGCGUGCUGGAUGUCGGAAAUUUGAGACAAGAAUUGUUGUUGGAAGCUCAUAGUGGCGGAUUCUCCAUUCAUCCAGGUAGUACGAAGAUGCAUCAUGAUUUGAAGAAGAUGUUCUGGUGGCUUGGGAUGAAGAGUGAUGUAGCCACACCUGAACUGGAGAGGUUGUACAUCAAGGAGAUUGUAAGGUUGCACGGGGUUCCAUCGAGUAUAAUGUCGGACCGUGACCCCGAUUCACAUCGAGGUUUUAAGGAGCUUUUCAAAGAGCUUUUGAUACGAGGCUAUGUCUCAACACAACAUAUCAUCUGCAAAUGGAUGGAUAGUCAGAACGCACUAUUCAGAUGUUGGAGGAUAUGCUAA